CGGGCACUCUCAGUUCACUCGCUCUCCUGACCAGGGGAGAGUCGUGUGUGUGGUUGGAGGGGUCCCCGUCCCCCCGCGUGGAGGUCCCGGGCCAGUCCCGGGCACCAGGCAGGGGCCAUGCCCGUGUUGGCAGCCCCGGCUGAGCAGAGCCAUGACACUCGCAUCGGGGCCCCGGCCUGGCGCGAGGCCACGUGGGCCCAAACGCGGAAGGCGCAGCAGGUGACGGAGCGCUGCGGGCGGGAGGCGGUGGCCAUGUGGCAGCCCGAGGAGAGCGUGGGGGACCCGAACGUGGCGCACCACCUGUGCCGCGCCGCGCACAUCCAGCCCUGGCGCUUCCGCGUGGAGAUGCUGCGCGGCGGCGGCCACGUGGAGAAGCCGCCGCCCGGCGAGGGCGUCACGCUGUGGAAGUGCAAGAUGAAGCCGCCCGCCUGGCACGCCCGCCUGCCGCUGCCCCUGCACCGCGACGCGCGCGCCCAGCAGACGGCCGAGGUGGUGCUCGCGCACGCGCGCGGCGCGCGCCUCGUCGCCGCGCGCCUGGGCCGCGCGCAGCACCAGAUCAACGGGCAGGUGUGGCAGCUGCAGCGCCGGCGCGAGGCCACCGACCGCAGGCUCAGCGAGGUGCGCAAGGGCCUGCUCGUCAACCAGCAGAGCGUGAAGCUGCGGGACUACAGGCCCAAGUCCGAGAAGAUCCCGGACAAAGCUGACAGUAUGCUAACCUGGGAGAAAGAGGAGCUCAAGAACAUGAAACGGAAAAUGGAGGAAGACAUGGAAAAAUCAGAGGCCCUGCUCAAGGCCCUGGCCUCCUGCCGCGACGCUCUGGCCUUGUGCUGCAAGGAGAGGCUGCAAGCCGUGGACCUCAUGAACCAGCCGCUGGACAAGGUCCUAGAGCAGGCCGGCCGCCACUCGUGGGUGAACCUGUCCCGCGCCCCCACGCCUCGCACGCAGGGCCAGAAGACGCCGCCGCCAGACCCCGCGGGCCCCUAUACCCCAGCGUGCGCCGCGGCGCUGAACGAAGCCAGACUGCUGCUGGUCGAGUCCAGGGACACCCUGGCGGACAUGGCCAAGAACGAGGCGGAGGUCCGGGAGCAGCAGACGCAGAUCAGCGACCGCGUGUGCACCUCGCUGGCGCAGAAGAUGCGCGAGACCUCCGAGCUGAAGGAAAGACUGAACAUAAGCGUGGGGCUGAUGAGGGGGACGAUCCACCGGUGCACGAAAUUCCAGCAGGAGAUGUACACCACCCGCGGCCUCAUCAAGGGUCCUCUGUCGAAAGCUCACCUAGAGACUCGAGAAAAGUUGGACAGACCCAUGGUUCGCGUGUACCAGAGACACGUGGGCACCCAACUCCCCGAGGCCACGCGCCUAGCUCAGGGCACGGACAAACUGCAGCGCCACAUCUCGCAAGGGGAGAGGAACCUGAACGAGCUGCUCACCAUGCAGAAGAACCUCACCUGGAACUUCAAGUGCAAAAAGAUGGGGUUCGAUGUGGACCACAGCGUGGCGCGCCUGCGCCAGCGCCAGAGCCACCCGCACGUGUGCUACGAGCAGGCGCUGCGCCUGCUCCACGAGCGCGACCAGCGCGCGCAGCGCUGCCGCCCCGCGCGCGCCGCGCCCGCGAGUGACGGCGCGCCCCCCGCCCGGCCUGCCCGGCCCUCGGCCCUCGGGAAGCCGCCUCCCAGCGCAGCAGCGCCCCUAGCCCCGACCCGCCGCCUCGGACUCGCCCUCUAA